UGUGAGGCGCCAGGAGGUUGAUAAUUAACUCAUCAAAUUAUUGACGACGCACACAAUCAUACUUAUCCUCAGGUGCAAAGUUCAAAGAAAAGAAUUUUUGUAAUUAAUACACAGCAAAUGAUAUUUCAAUCAUAAUAAACUGCCGAUGAUUCGAAUGUUUUACUGAUGUAGAUAAAGGUGAAAUGUGUACAAUCUAUUUUAGUAGCUGGCUAUAUCAACAAACUAAAAGUGAAAGGAAAAACAUCUUCUUGAUAAUAUUAUUUACACUAAACAAUCUAGACAAAUAGCUAUCUUACCAUGAAGGUAUAUGCUAUAGAUGUUAUAAGCUGGGAAUUCCUUAGACUUACUUAUAGAACUAUAUGUUAACCAUUACAUGUCAUUGCAUCAUAAAUUAGAAUUAGAACAAGGAUAUUGUAAUUGUCACACUGAUGUAUGGAGACUUGGAUAUAUAUAAUAAUUUAUCAAAUUGUUCGUAAUCGGCACUGAUCAUAUUUACUGCCGAUUUUUCCAGUUGUCAGAUUUAUCUAUCAUCUCGCGGGAUUUGAAAAGAUUCAAAUAACGACAUAUUGGAACGUUAUUACCGAUUUAUUUUGAUUAUACAAAUGUGAAAAUAGCUUUUCAUUUUGUUAUGAUUCUUUUCAUAGAAAACAAAAAUUCAGAUAAAAAAUUAAAACAGUGGUCAUUAGUUUUAUAGUUUAAUUGUGUUUUUUCUUGAAUAGCACUAUUUUCCACAUAGGAGUAUUUUUGUCUAAAGAACAAAGCGAAGCAUUGUACUUAUUCACAAGAGAGUAGCUGCUUGUUUUGAAUUUAUAAUUUCCGCUUUGAUUGAUGUUUGAUUGCCAAAGAUUCAUGCAAUAUGAAGUGAUGAAAUGCAUAACGUAGUUUUUCAUUAUGUACAUGUGUUGUUGCUAGUGUAAGUGGAAGAAAACUUAUAUUGAUGCACGUUUUCUUCAAUAAAAUCCUGACUUCAAAGGUCGCAUAAAAUAUAAAAGUUAGAAUCCUUCUAUUUUAAAUUUUAAGAAACACGGAUCUGAAUCGGUACAAUUUUGAUGAAAUGUUUUCUGAAAUUACGGAUUGAUGAAGAGAACGGAAAUGCAUCUCUUGGGAUUUUCAAGAGGUUGUUACGUAUUAUGUUAACCUUUGGUGAAGGUUUUGUUUUUAAGAUGACAAGUAUUGCUUACAGCUUUAUGAACAAUAAAAGUACUGGAUAUAACAAUGAUAGUGAAAAUAGCAGACGGUGUACAGAAGUUUUUACCGGAAGUAAGAAUCGUAGUGUUAGCGUUAGUGACGUCACAUCAAGAGGUGGGACAUACCCAAAACAACAUAGAAGGAGAUCAUCAAAAAAUCGACGGCAUCCAAUAAAAGCAAAAGUACAGAUCUGUGUACAAUUUUUCAAAGUUGGUGAGAUUGACACUUUAAAGGAGCAAUUUACGGCAGACGUUAUCGUAAAAGCAAAAUGGCGGGAACCUACACUAGACGGUCAAAACAAGUCGGCAGAAAAUGUAGAUUUUUCCAAAAUCUGGAAUCCGAAACUGUAUAUAGAAAAUUCAUACGGCGACCCUAAAGAGCAGAUGCGGUAUCGUAUAUUGUAUAAUGAUAAAGGGGAUGCAUAUAUAUCAGAGAAAAGGGUCAUCAAGGGAACAUUCAUGGAAAAUCUGGAAUUGGACGACUUUCCUUUUGACGUGCAGGAUCUGACUGUGACGGUAGUGUCCGAGUUACCAUCGUACGAAGUGGAAUUAAUAGAAGAUGAAACUGACCACCACGUGGUAAAUAGACAAUCAUUUGUUGAUGAACAAGAGUGGUUUUUAUACAUGCACACUGAGUGUUCUCGGAAAGAUAUAGUGAUAGAUCAGGCGGACAAUAGUAUAAGACGAUCUGCUCUAUCAGUUAAGUGUAGAGCCGCUCGAAGACCGGGUUAUUUUGUGUGGAAUAUAUUUAUGGUAACGUUCCUGAUAUGUACCUUAUCCUUCGCAACAUUCUCAGUGGAAAAAGAAAAGCCAGAAAAUCGGCUGCAGCUUUCGUUUACUCUUAUACUGACCGCAGUAGCAUUCAAGUCAGUGGUAAACAACAGUUUACCUAGAAUAUCUUAUUUGACAUAUAUGGAUAAAUAUUUGUUGGCAGCUAUGAUAAUGUUGACAGUAGUGUGUUGUUGGCAUGCUAUUGUGACGACAUUACCAGAUGCCUCACGUGACAUUGUUGAAAUUUACGUUCUGUCAAUCCUGGCUGUGAUAUACUUUAUUUAUAAUAUUGGAUUUUUAAUUAUGAUAUAUUUAUUUCCAUGGCGAAAGCGACGGACUAUGGUACAAAAAGAUAGGGAUUACAGGGAAGGGCUUCUAUUUAACUCCAAAUUUUGAAUUGCAAUGGCGAUGUCAUUUGUACACAAUAUGAUUAACUCAGAGGAUACAAUGAACCAAGAAAUAGAAGAUGACCUACUUCAAAUUAGUCGUCAAAUCGAGAAAUUGAUGACAAUGCUUUUCUGGAUCUGAUGAUGACUUCAAACUAACUAUCACCAACAACGAAUGAAUGAUCGUCAAGCUUUGGAACAAUUGUGGAGUCAAAAUUUGAGGUUAAUUUCUGAUCCAUAUACCAGUCAAACCGUGAUAUAUAUACCGUUUCCAGUUCAAAGCAGAUUUAUAUGUACCGAUUCCAGUUCAAACAAGAUCAACAUACAAAAUCCAGUUAAAACCAGAUUUAUGUACCGAUUCCAGUUUAAACCAGAUCAACAUACCAAAUCCAGUUAAACCAUGAUCUUUAUAUCGAAGUUAGUAUCAGAUAUCGAAACCGGUUCCUGUUCAAAAAA